AUGGCCGAGACCACACUCAGUCCGGGUGGCGACCAGCCAGACACGGUUGGGGUUAUCGACGACAAACCGACUGCCGUCACGAACAGCGACCAGCCAUCAACCACCAUGGAAAUCGGAGCUCACAUCCAGCCUACCGGCAAGCAGACGCCGUUCGACCUCCCAGAGCUUUUCACAAACGUGCUCGAGUUCCUCGAUCCCCUCGAGAUUGUGGUGGCCAUGCGCAUCAACAAGGCCGCUAAUCACUUGAUCAGAACCACCCCAGCGUUGCAGCGAGCGAUGGGCUUACACCCUCAGCCGGACAGCUCGUUCUGGAUCCCGAUACUAGGGCAAAAGAUGAAGGACUAUUUUGAUCGUGCAGGAAUCUCGUGCCGGACUGCCGGGCCUAAUGGUCCACUUCAAGAGGUCCUUCUCAACUUCCACAUUGGCAUCGCAUCCCACAAUCGUUACGGGCCUGCUCUGCUAAAAUUCCCUGAGGCGGCAACGGUGGGCUCGAAAAUGAUGCUGUGUCAGCCUCCGAAAAGGAUUAUGAUGCACCUGCAUUGUUACAGCAGCAGUGGUGAUUGUAACUUUCUCAGUGGCUUCAAUCAUGACUGGGUCGGAUCAGAGCUCGGUGUCACUUUCGACCAAGUCGUGACGACGGCGAAAACCCUGCGACAGCGACAUGCGACGAGAAGGCUUGGGUCAACCCAGGAGACUCAGGAGAGGGUCGACUGUCCAAGAGGUGGGACCAUUGUGAUUGAAUGUAUGGUCGCUGGGCAGGUGCAUGACUCGGAGGUCUUUGCUAAGCUCCCCAAGCUUGCGCCCGAAGACUAA